AUGUCGUCUAAUGGGGAGGAUGAUGAAAUCAAGAUCAGUGUGUCACCAGUGAUCAACUGUAAGAAUCCAUGCAGUCAUGAACUCUGCCGAGGUAGUGAAGGUACAACGAUAACCAGCCACUCAUGGGGAAGGUCGUGCAAACGGGCUUGGGAUUCAAGUCCAGAAUGUAAUGAAAUGCAUCCAGACUUGUCCAGUCUAGAGUCCCUGUUCGAUUGGACUUGCUCCGUGAGCAGGGUCCGGACUGAUGGGACGGACCUAAUGGACAAAGAUGUGAAUCAAGGGACAUGCCCGGUGCUCAAGGAGAAGGGUAAAAUGCCAUGCCCCCUGGGCGAGGUCAAGGAUCAAGAGCCGUGCCCUCAGAGCAAGGUCAUCGGGAAAGGGUUAUGCUCCCUGUGCAAGAUCAAUGGUGAGGGGUCGUGCCCCCUGGGCAAGUUCAAAGAUCAAGGGUCGUGCCCCCUGGGCAAGUUCAAGGAUCAAGGGUCGUGGCCCUUGGGCAAGGUCACGGAUGAAGAGUCGUGCCCCUGGGGCAAGGUCAAGGAUAAAGGGUCGUGCCCCCUGGGCAAGUUCAAGGAUCAGAGAUCGUGCCUCCUGGACCAGGUCAAGGCUGAAAGGUCGUGCCCCCUUGGCCCCUCCCCCCUGCGCUGGAUGUGGGAGGGGUUUUCCGUGGAGCGCUACGCCCCCCGCCGACGGCCGGAGGCAACUACAGCCGGAGGGUCAAAGGUCAGACCGGGAGGACUCUUCCAAAUCGGCCCCCACUCGGAGAGGGAGAAGCAGCGGCCGGGGACCGCCGAGACCCCCGGCGCGUGCCGGCGAGCCCCCACCCCUCAGUGCGCCUCCGUCCCCUGCGAUCCGCAGGCAGCGGUCGGGGUCAGCACAGGCCCGGGCCGCGCUGCUCCCGCCGCCCGGCGGCAGGUGGACGAGUCAAGGCGACGUGCGCGCGCAGCCGUCAGUGAGGCCGCACCCCCUGGCAACGGCGUUCCGGUCACCGGGGCAACCGGCUUCGAGCGUCCGGCUCGUGCGCGGCCGUACAACUGUCAGCAGCGGGCCCUGGACGCCUGCCGGGAAUUCCUGCGGCAGUACUGGGAAGUUCUGGAUGCCACGCCCUGCCGCUGCGCGGGUGGCAGGGGAGCGGGCGACCAGCGGAGGCCGCUGCCAGGUCAGUUCCAGUCGAAGGUCACCAAGCUGGUGGAGCAGCGGCACGAACUUAUCAGAAAGAAUAUAAUGGAGAGAGAGAGACAAGAGUUGAUGGAGCAAAAGAAACUCCUAAAGGAGAGAAUGAAGAGGAAGAAGAUAGGGAGAUUGAUUGCUGCUCGAAUAUGCGUGUGCGAGAUGGAUAAGUGGAGGAGAACACAGGCCAGAAAAAGACUACAGUGUUUCAGGAAAUACAACCGUGAGCAGGCAGCCCGGUACCAGGCCGAGCUCAGGGAGAUGAAGGAAAGAGUGGCCCAGGCUCCAUUUCUCUUUGAGCAAGUCAUCCAGAACAACGUCCGAGGAACCAUCAAUCGCCUCUUCUCCAAGGUUCUGCAGAAGGUAUGCCUGGACGAGGAGCUGGUCUGCAAGCUUGGCACGGCCGACUGCGAGAGUGAAACGCAGCUCAUUGAGCUCGAGGCCAAGACCGGUGACUGGGAGGGGGUGUGCGCGGUCAGUCACGGCGAGCAGCAGUGUCACACCGCUCGCGAGGAGCCCCUGUGUGACCACGACGGCGAUAGCACGAACGGUCCCAGGACAGAUCCGGCCAUCGACUGUUGAGAGAGAGAGAGAGAGAGAGAGAGAGAGAGGAGAAAGAA